CAACCUGCCUUUGAGAGAUCUGUCCAAGAGUAAAAUGGUGAAGGCAGCAGGAUCGAUAUUGACAUGCGAACAAGCACAUUGACGAAACCGAUCGUUCUCCUCUCGAUCGCACUGUUAAGCACCGUGCUCUUCUUCGCAUUCUUCUUCGAGAACAAGCCUUACUCAUCUUUAUCAUCAUCUCCCUCUUCUUCAGACACCAUGGCUCGAACCUUCGUCUUGUGGCUUCACGGGCUUGGAGAUUCCGGACCUGCCAACGAACCCAUCAAGUCACUUUUCAAGUCUCCCGAGUUUAUGAACACUAAGUGGCUCUUCCCAUCAGCUCCUCCAAAUCCAGUCUCCUGCAAUUAUGGUAUGGUGAUGCCUUCUUGGUUUGACAUCCGUGAGCUUCCUCUUACGGCGGGAUCUCCAAAUGAUGAAAGCAGCGUGCUUGAAGCAGUUAAGAACGUUCAUGCCAUUAUAGACAAGGAGAUUGCUGGAGGAAUAAAGCCAGAAAACUUGUAUAUCUGUGGAUUUAGCCAAGGAGGGGCAUUAACCUUGGCUAGUGUUCUGCUUUAUCCUAAAACUCUUGGAGGAGGUGCAGUCUUUAGCGGAUGGGUUCCGUUCAAUUCUUCAAUCAUCAACCAGUUUACCAAAGAUGCUAUAAAGACACCAAUCUUGUGGUCUCAUGGGAUUGAUGACAAGACUGUACUAUUCGAAGCUGGUCAAGCAGCUCUUCCUUUCCUUCAACAAGCUGCUGUCACUUGUGAAUUCAAGGCUUAUCCAGAUCUUGGACACUCAAUCAGUAUUGAGGAGCUUCAGUAUCUGGAGUCAUGGAUCAAACAAAGGAUGCAGAGUUCGUCUUCUUCUUCUUAAAAGUUUUUGAGAUCGAGUUUGUUUGUCCAACUACUUCAGCUAUCUAUUCGCUAAAUUGGAUAAUUAGAAGAUUGUGCAACUAUGAUUGAACAUUUGGAAAUGAUGUCUCUCAACUUCGUCCAUUAUCAGCAUAAUCUAAAUGACAGUUUCUA